AUGAACUGUUUUUUUCAACAGGCUGUGUGCGAUCAUAAAUGUCGUUUUAUUCAUUGCUAUGCUGGGAAUGUGGGUUCAGUACAUGAUCAACGGGUUUUCAGAUUAUCUGAACUGAAAAAUUACCUUGAUGACGCAACCAAAUUUCCUAAUAACACCCAUUUAAUUGGUGAUUCUGCUUAUACCUUGCAUGAACAUCUUAUGGUUCCAUACCGUGAUAAUGGGCACUUAACUCAAAAGCAAAAGAAUUUCAACUUUUGUCAUUCCUCUGCAAGGAUGGCAAUUGAACGGUCUUUUGGUUUCCUAAAAGGACGGUUUCGUAGUCUCCUAACAACAUUGGAUAUGAAGCGUGUCGAUCUAAUUCCCAAGUAUAUUAUUGCAUGCUGUAUUUUACAUAACAUAAUAUGCUUAUUACAAAAUUAUGAGUUUCCUGGUCUACCUGAAACAACACCGGUAGACGAAAAUAUACAAGCUCGUGGAGAGUUGGUUGCAAUUAAUCGUCAAGGAGCAUUCAAGAGGGACAAUUUGUGUGAUCAACUACCUUUUCGCCAUAUAUAAUGUAAAUACAAUGAUAUGUUUACAAUAAAAAAAACUAGUCUGAAUCAUAACAGAUUCUCAAUGGGUUAAUUUGUUCAGCACUAAAUCUGACGCAUUUUUAUCUCCCUCAGGCGUUCCCCAGGGGGGACAUCUAUCACCUC